GCAGAAAAAACGAAAAAAUAAGUAGCCUACCCAUCCUGACUUACAACUAAAAGGGAACACUUCCAGGCUCAAGAAGCAUGGAUUGGAAGAGCCUUGAGGGUCUGCUCAGUGGGGCCAACAAGUACUCCACCAUCUUCGGGCGCAUCUGGCUGUCGAUCGUCUUCGUCUUCCGGGUGAUGGUGUUCGUGGUGGCGGCAGAGCGCGUGUGGAGCGACGACCAGGCCAACUUUGACUGCGACACCCGGCAGCCCGGCUGCAAAAAUGUCUGCUACAACCACUUCUUCCCGGUCUCCCACAUCCGCCUUUGGUCCCUUCAGCUCAUCUUCGUCACGUGCCCGUCCUUCUUGGUGGUUCUGCACGUGGCGUACCGCGAGGAGCGCGAGCGUAAGUACCGCAUCAAGCACGGCGAGCAGGCGCGUCUCUAUGACAACACGGGACAAAAGCACGGGGGGCUGUGGUGGACCUACCUGUUGAGCCUCUUCUUCAAGACGGCCAUCGAGCUGGGGUUCCUCUACCUCCUCCACCUCAUGUACGACAGCUUCAAGCUCCCCAGGCGCGUCAAGUGCGGCGUCAGCCCCUGUCCCAACGUGGUGGACUGCUACGUGGCCAGACCCACCGAGAAGACAGUUUUCACCUACUUCAUGGUGGCUGCGUCCAUGGUGUGCGUGGUCCUGAACCUGUGCGAGAUAUUCUAUUUGAUCACCGUGCGCCUGUUGACGAUGAAGCGCCAGGGUAGGCCUACAGUCCGCACGGCUUCGAAGAGGAUCAUCUCUGAAAAUAAGGAUUUGAUGUAAAAAAUUGGUUUUGAUCAUUUGUAUUGGUUUGGGGGAUAAAAAAAAGAAAAGACUGCAUGACAUGCGAAGACCUAUAUGGUCUACACACGCCUACUGGUGAUUGUCUUUUACAGUGUCAAGAUUUCGAUAUUUCAAUUGUCAUAUCACAUUAGAAUAUAGGCUACGUACAGUAUGCAUGUGGCAUGGUCUAUGAAUAACUGUAUUCCAUGUUCUGGUAUUCUAAUUUAAACUAAGGGCACUGUUUUAAUGGAAUAUAAUUAAAACAAGGUGCAUUGAUUUAAUGUGUGUUAUGUCAGCCCUUGCCACUUCAAUGCUCAAAAAUCCGAUUUAUAUUCGCUGUAAUCUUCAAGCUGAAAAUAAAACCAAACAUAAAUUGUAA